AUGGCAGAGCAACAAUUGCCAGAGUUCUUGCGUGGCUUACAUCCUGCCACUGCCUUGGCCAUCGCUCGGCUUCAACUUCCAGAUGUUCAGAACGAGCUUGCGAUGCUAAGGGCCGCGCGCGAUGAGGAUGAGGGGGAAGCGGAUGAGGAGCGUGUGGUACGAGAGGAAUCUGAACUCUUGCAACAGGCAAUUACGGCUCUGUAUGCCGCAAUUCCAAAAAGCCCUUGCGUAGGCUGCGACGAUACUUUUGAGCAUUCAGCCCUGGCCACUGCACCAUGCGACCAUAAGUUCUGCCGCGAUUGCUUGCAAGGAAUAUUUCGACGAUCCCAGAUCGAUGAGUCGCUGUUUCCGCCAAAAUGUUGCGGGUCCAUACCUCCUGAGCAAGUUCGCGAAUUCUUGACACGAGAGUUGAUGGCCACGCACGAACAGAAGAAAGUGGAGUUCGAGACUGUCGAUAGAACUUAUUGCUCUGAUCUCCAAUGCCACCGGUUCAUUCGCCCCGAAUACAUCACUAGAGACCUUGGUACCUGCGCUACUUGCAAUGAAAGCACCUGCACCAAGUGCAAAACUACUGCACAUGAGGGAGAUGAUUGUCCUAGGGAUGAAACAACAGAGGCGCUUUUGAGUCACGGGACAAAGCAAGGAUGGCGCCGCUGUUUUUUAUGUCGCAGCUUGGUUGAGAGGAUGCUUGGCUGUAAUCAUAUUACAUGUCGUUGUGGAAGUGAGUUUUGCUACCAAUGCGGUUUGGUUUGGCAUACUUGCGAGUGUCCUCUGUGGAACAAUGUACGUCAGCUACUUCUUCCGCGACCUAGGAGACGCAAUGAAGCAGGUGUGGUUGCUCCCCAGCCUCCACCAGUCGCUGUAAUUCGUCAAGCUGCUGUCGCGCUCCCACUUCUCGAGCUCGGUGCAGCAGUCAGAAAUGGAGAUUUGCAAGUUCUUCUUCGCCCAGAUGCACCUCCGACACAGCCCAUCAUUGUCAAUGCUAUUCCACCACCCGCUCAAGCACCCUUACCUCCGGCUGCACUAGUUGUGGCCCCUCAACAUGCUCCAGCCCCGCUUCAAGCAGUUCAGCCUCGACUCAUUGCUGGUCCAAAUGAUGUGGUAGUUCCCGCUGAAGCCGAGCCAGUUGUUGAUGCUCCACGAAAUGUUGUUCCCAAUGUCCCUCAACUACCCCAGCCUCAAGCAGUACCCAUCGUCUGGGACGUUGCACAACAACCAAAUAUCGCUUACCUACUACCAGAAGGAGACCGUUGCAAUCACUUAGGUGUCGAAUGGGUGUUCGCUCACGGGGCAGGUCAUUGCUCCUUCUGCCAUCAAUUCUUGCCAAUUUACCUCCUGUCCUGUCGAAGUUGUGGAGAUCGAAGGUGUGAGCGCUGCACUCAGCAUGUCACACCUGGAGAAGGACAAUGGUAG